AUGAUAUUAGCGAAGACUUGCAGUUAUGUGUCUCUGCCAGUCAGUCAAAGUGAGUUUCCUUCAUUUUCUCAGAGCACCUGCUGCAAGCAUCUUCGAAUUGGUUAUUCGGUGCUUUCUUUUGUCUUUCCUUCUUUUGUCCGGCAUUUUUUUUGUAUCUUUUUCUUUUGUUCCUUCUUCUUUUGCCUCCUUCUUUUGUUCAUCCUUUCUUUGUACCGCUUUCUUUUGACCCUCAUUAUUUUGUACCUCCUUCUUUUGUCCCUCUUUAUUUUCUUCGUCUUUCUUUUACCCCUCCUUCUUUUCUCCUUCUUUCUUUUCUCCCUCUUUCUUAUCCCUCGAUCUUUUGUUCAUCUUUCUUUUCUCCCACCUUCUUUUCUCCCACCUUCUUUUCUCCCACCUUCUUUUCACUCACCUUCUUUUCUCACUCUUUCUUUUGUCCCUCUUUCUUUUGUCCAUUAUUUCUAUGUCUCUCUUUCUUUUCUCCCUCUUUUUUUUGCCCCUUACUCUUUUGCCCAUCCUUCCUUUAUCCCUCCUUUUUUCUCUCAUUCGUUUGUUCCCCUUUCUUUUCUGCCGUUUAUUUUUGCCCUCUUCUUUUGUCUUUCCUUCUUUUCUCCCUUUCACCUUCAAUAUUUCCUGCGUGUAUAA